UUAGCCUCCUCUCUGAAGAAGAGAUUGAAUUUCAGUAUAUUUUAUUUUGUCUUGAGUUCUACAUUGUCUAUGCUAUCCCUAAGUCAUUCAAAACCUGAUAAGUUACGUCGAUCACCUAAUCCUCGCCGACUACUAGUCAGUCACGGAAUCCCGUCCUAUAAAUUGUGGCUCUUUGAGCAUUAAUGAUUCAAACCCAUCUACUGCUUUUAGCCUCCUCUCUGAGAAAGAGAUUGAAUUUCAGUAUAUUUUACUUUUUCUUGAGUUCUCCAUUGUCUAUGCUAUCCCUAAGUCAUUCAAAACCUGAUAAGUUACAUCGAUUACCUAAUCCUCGCCGACUACUUGUCAGUAACGGAAUCCCGUCCUAUAAAUUGUGGCUCUUUGAGCAUCAAUGAUUCAAACCCAUCCACUGCUCUUAGCCUCCUCUCUGAAGAAGAGAUUGAAUUUCAGUAUAUUUUAUUUUGUCUUGAGUUCUACAUUGUCUGUGCUAUCCCUAAGUUACUUUCUCGUUGCAAUCUGAAUUCUGUGCUAUCAAUCUAUUUUGAGCCAUGAAGAGUUAUGGCAGAGUUGAUGAAGCCGUUGAUGAACGGAAAGCAGAGAAUUCUAAAAGUAGAGGCGUACUAAUUGUUCUGACAUCAAUUCUGCUCCUCGCUGCCCACGUGUUUGUGGCAGUCGAGGCUUCAGUGGGCUCUAAAGCCGAUGACAAUCGCCAUCAUCAUUCUUGGGAAACCGUUUCCAAAGUGGCGAACUCGGUGUGUAGCAAGACUCGUUAUCCCCAACGAUGUGUCUCAUCCAUGGCUUCUUAUCCUGCUUAUCAAACGGCCAAGCUAGGCGACCUCAACAACGUCGCAUUGCAAUUAAGCAUUCAAAGGGCCCAAAAGGCUCGAGACUUCGCUCUCAGUCUCACAGACAAUGUGAUGAACGAAAAAGAACGCGCGGCAUGGCAAGAUUGUUUGGAGCUAUUUGAAGAUACCAUAGAGCGUCUCAACGUCUGCUCGAGCAAUGGUUAUCUCAAAAAAGACUCACCCGUUUGGCUGAGUGCAGCGCUGACAAAUCAACAAACCUGCUUGAACGGGUUUACUGACCUCAAUUUGAGUGCCUCUAAUCCAAUCCAAGCUUUCAUGUCUUCCAGAGCUGUGAAUUUGUCGGAAUUAGUGAGCAACUCGCUGUCCAUGUACAAGCUCUCCACCAUGCCUACAAUCACGGGGAAUAACCGCCGCUUGCUGUCUUUCAAGAACAACGAAGAGGUAGAUUUCUACUCCAACUAUGGUCGUCUCAAUGAUGAUGGAUUUCCAGAAUGGCUUUCAGUGGGUGACCGCAAGCUAUUGCAGUCGUCAAGCGCUGCCAGCCAAGCAAACGUGGUGGUAGCUCAAGAUGGUUCUGGCAAUUACCGAACAAUUGCACAAGCAAUCAACGCUGUCCCUCAGAAGAGCAGCAAAAGGUACAUCAUCUAUAUUAAGGCGGGUACGUACAAGGAGAAUAUCGAUAUAUCCAAGAAGAUAACGAAUUUGAUGUUGGUUGGUGACGGCAAAGAUAAAACGGUGGUGACUGGAAGCAAGAGCGUCCAAGACGGCGUCACUACCUUCAAAACUGCAACUGUCGCUGUUUCGGGUAACGGAUUCAUCGCAAGAGAUAUGACGUUCGAGAAUACGGCGGGGGCGGCGAAACACCAAGCCGUUGCUCUUCGAGUUGGGUCUGACCUGUCAGCUGUGUACCGUUGCAGCAUCAAAGGCUACCAAGACACCUUGUAUGUCUACUCGCUCCGCCAAUUCUACCGCGAAGUCGAUAUCUACGGCACUGUGGAUUUCAUAUUUGGCAACGCAGCGGUGGUGAUCCAGAACAGCAACAUCAUCGCCAGACGCCCGAUGAGUAACCAGCAGAACACUCUGACUGCACAAGGAAGAUCUGAUCCCAACGAAAACACCGGAAUUUCUAUCCACAAGUGCGUAGUGUCUGCAUCGUCGGAUCUCCAAGCCGUGAAGGGGUCGAUAAAGACGUAUCUGGGGAGGCCGUGGCAGGAAUACUCUCGUACUGUUUUCAUGCAAUCCACUCUCGGUGAUCUCAUCGACCCCGCUGGUUGGUUGCCAUGGAGUGGGAACUUUGCUCUUAGCACUUUAUAUUAUGGAGAAUACAUGAAUAGCGGAGCUGGUGCAGGAACGUCAAAACGUGUGAAUUGGCCUGGUUAUCAUGUGAUCACUAGUGCCACCGAAGCCUCCAAGUUCAGUGUUGCCAAUUUCAUCUCUGGAACUUCAUGGAUUCCGGCUACAGGAGUCGCAUUUACUUCAGGAUUGAACUGAUAAUUACUACAGUUAAAAUGUUAAUAGUCUGGUAUUGUUGUUUAAAGGUAGUCAAUAAUAUGGUUCAGCUGUCUAACGGGAACUAGAAAGAAGUUUCAAUUAUUUUCAGUUAUCUAGGUCUCUAUCGAGAUGUAUAAUAUGAUAGGUGAUUUAGAAUAUUGUU